AGCGGCCGCACUUCUGACUCCCGGCGGUCGCGGUGCGGAAGGUCGCGGGGCACCCGGGCGCCACCGGUCGCCCUCGGGUCCACCACCUGAAGCCUUGGGGCUGCCUGGCACCGGGGAGGAUGGACAGCCGGCUGAUCUGCACGCUGUGACUUAGCUGCUGCAGUCGCCGCGGGGACCACUUCCGAGCCCGCGAAGUCCGGGAGGCGAGGCGCGCGGGGAGCGAAGGCGCUGCAAACUUGUCCCGCUCUGCAGCGCGGAGCUGCGGCCCCAGAACUUCGGCGGCCAGGGGUUCCGCAGACUUCCUGCGGCCACGAGUUGCAGGAAGGGGCGCCAGCGGCACCCCCUUCCUCGGCUCAGUCUCAGAGAGGCGCUCGCAGGAGAGACCGGGAGCGCAGCGGGCAGCCGCCCCCUCGGAGUCGUGGUUCUUGGCUGCAAAGUUGCGGAGGAUCAGAGGCUGCCCAACUGCAGAAAGACCCCAGGAGAGGACGGUCCCCAACUGCUACCUCCCCGCAGCCUUAGUAGUUUCUGUGGUUCCAGAGAGCAGCUAGCGCCAGACGGGGGCGCGGCCCUGUGCGCGAGGGUUUAGGGUCUCGGCUGCGGAGCUGGGCGCGCUUCAAGGCCGCCUGACCGCCCCCAGCCUCCAGCCCUGCUCCGCCGCGACUCCCGGCUGCUCGCAUUUGGAGGAAAAGAGAAAGCCGAGUCAGUGCCCCAGCAAUCGGGUAUAAGGAGCCAGCAUUUAGAGCCAAAGAUUGUCCAGAGCCCUUUCCUACUUGAGAGGCGCUGCAGGCGAGGCCGGGCCAGAUAGUCGGGGGGGAUUAGCAAGCCCUCUCUUCCGGCGGGAUGGAAGCCCGCAGGCUCCUGUGGCGGCUGCUGCUGCUGCCGCUGCUCUGGGCACCAGCAUGGGGCUCAAGGACCGGCCAGCGAGCGGGCUCCUUGCCUGGGGGGCCAGCGCUGCAGCCCCGGGAGCCGCUCAGCUACUCGCGCCUGCAGAGGAAAAGCCUGGCGGUGGACUUCGUGGUGCCAUCGCUCUUCCGCGUCUAUGCCCGGGACCUGCUGCUGCCGCCGCCGCCGCCGCCGGUGCGCUCGGAGGUGAAGGCCAGCCGGCCAGAGGCGCGCGGCUCGCUGGCCCUGGACUGCGUCCCUCUGCUGGGGCUGCUGGCACCACCGGGAUUCUCCGCUUCACCCGCCCCAGCGAGGACGCUGUCCAGGGUGCUGAAGGGCGGCUCUGUCCGCAAGCUCCGACGCGCCAAGCAGCUGGUGUUGGAGCUGGGGGAGGAGGCGAUCCUGGAGGGCUGCCUUGGGCCCCCGGAGGAGGCAGCUGCGGGGCUGCUUCAGUUCAACCUCAGCGAGCUGUUUAGCUGGUGGAUUCACCACGGUGAAGGGCGGCUGAGGAUCCGCCUGAUGCCUGAGAAGAAGGCAUCAGAAGUGGGCAGAGAGGGAAGACUGUCCGCUGCGAUCCGCGCCUCUCAGCCCCACCUGCUUUUCCAGAUCCUCGGGACCGGUCAGAAAUCUUUGGAGUCACCCACAAAUAUACCUUCUCCACCUCCUGAUUCUUUUGUAUGGAAUCUGACCUGGAUAAUGAAGGAUUCUUUUCCUUUCCUUUCUCAUCGCAGCCGAUAUGGGCUGGAGUGCAGCUUUGACUUCCCCUGUGAGCUGGAGUACUCACCGCCACUGCACAACCUCAGGAACCAGACCUGGUCUUGGCGCCGCGUCUCCUCUGAGGAGGCCUCUCAGAUAGACCUGCUGGAUGGGCCCGAGGCAGAGCACUCCAAGGAGAUGCCCAGAGGCUCUUUCCUCCUUCUCAACACCUCGGCCAACUCCAAGCACACCAUCCUGAGCCCCUGGAUGCGGAGCAGCAGUGAGCACUGCCGGCUGGCCGUGUCAGUGCACCGCCACCUGCAGCCCACCGGGAGGUAUGUGGCCCAGCUGCUGCCCCACAACGAGGCCGGGAGAGAGAUCCUGCUGGUGCCCACACCAGGGAAGCAUGGGUGGACUGUGCUGCAGGGAAGAAUCGGGCGCCCAGAGAAUCCGUUCCGAGUGGCCCUGGAAUACAUCUCCAGUGGGAACCGCAGCUUGUCCGCAGUGAACUUCUUUGCCCUGAAGAACUGCAGUGAAGGCACUUCCCCAGGAUCCAAGAUGGCCUUGCAGAGCUCCUUCACCUGCCGGAAUGGGACAGUCCUCCAGCUUGGGCAGGCCUGCAACUUCCACCAGGACUGCGCCCAGGGAGAGGAUGAGGGCCAGCUGUGCAGUAACCUCCCUGAUGGUUUUUACUGCAACUUUGAGAACGGUUUCUGCGGCUGGAUGCAAGGGCCCCUCUCGCCCCCCAUUCCCCGGUGGCAGGUCCGGACCCUAAAGGACGCCCGGUUCCAGAACCACCCAGGCCACGUCCUACUGCUCAACACGAACGAUGUCCCUACUUUCAAAAGGGCCACGGUGACCAGCGUGACUUUCCCCGCGCCCAUGAGGAACUCUCCAUGUGAGCUCCGCAUGUCCUGGCUCAUCCGUGGAGCCCUGCGGGGAAACCUGUCUCUGGAGCUGGUGGACAACAAGACCGGAAAGGAGCAGAGCAGGCUGCUUUGGCAGGUCACCACUGACGAGGGCCUGAGCCUGUGGCAGUGGACCGUGCUGCCCCUCCUCGAGGUGGCUGACAGGUUCUGGCUGCAGAUCGUUGCCUGGUGGGGACCAGGCUCCAGGGCCACCGUGGCUUUUGACAACAUCUCCAUCAGCCUGGACUGCUACCUCACCAUCAGCGGGGAGGACAAGGUACCCCAGGACGCAGAACCCAGAUCGCGAAACCUGUUCGAAAGAAACCCGUACAAGGAGCCCAGGCCAGGGGAGAACACCCCCACUGGGAGCCCUACCUUCGACCCUACAGGUGAGCUCCCACUGGGGUCUGAGCAGAGCUCAAAAGGAAUGCCAAGGCCUGCCUGUACUCCCCUAGUUUCUUUCAGAGCUGGGUCCUGGGGCUACGGUGCACCCAGCCACGGCCCGCUGCCCAGCAUCUCGGGCUACGGCGCAGCCGGUGGCAAGGGCGGAAAGAACACCAUGAUGCGCUCCCAUGGCGUGUCCGUGCUGGGCAUCUUCAACCUGGAGAAGGAUGACACGCUCUACAUCCUGGUGGGGCAGCAGGGGGAAGACGCCUGCCCAAGCACAAACCGACUGAUCCAGAAAGUCUGCAUCGGCGAGAACAAUGUGAUAGAAGAAGAGAUCCGCGUGAACAGAAGCGUGCACGAGUGGGCGGGAGGGGGCGGCGGAGGGGGCGGUGCCACCUACGUGUUCAAGAUGAAGGAUGGCGUCCCAGUGCCCCUGAUCAUUGCAGCGGGUGGAGGUGGCAGGGCCUAUGGGGCCAAGACAGACACCUUCCACCAAGAGAGACUGGAAAACAACUCCUCCGUUCUCGGGCUCAAUGGCAAUUCCGGAGCCGCAGGUGGUGGAGGUGGCUGGAAUGAUAACACUUCCUUGCUCUGGUCUGGAAAGUCUCUGCUGGAGGGGGCAACCGGAGGCCAUUCCUGCCCCCAGGCCAUGAAGAAGUGGGGGUGGGAGACAAGAGGGGGUUUCGGAGGGGGUGGAGGGGGGUGCUCCUCUGGUGGAGGAGGCGGAGGAUAUAUAGGCGGCAACGCGGCCUCUAGCAACGAUCCCGAGAUGGAUGGGGAGGACGGGGUCUCCUUCAUCAGCCCACUGGGCGUCCUCUACACCCCGGCUCUGAAAGUGAUGGAGGGCCACGGGGAAGUGAACAUUAAGCAUUAUCUAAACUGCAGCCACUGUGAGGUGGAUGAGUGCCACCUGGACCCUGAGAGCCACAAGGUCAUCUGCUUCUGCGACCAUGGGACCGUGCUGGCAGAGGACGGUGUCUCCUGUGUGGUGUCGCCCACCCCGGAGCCCCACCUGCCACUGUCACUCAUCCUCUCGGUGGUGACCUCCGCCCUGGUGGCUGCUCUUGUCCUGGCUUUCUCUGGCAUCAUGAUUGUGUACAGGCGGAAGCAUCAGGAGCUGCAGGCCAUGCAGAUGGAGCUGCAGAGCCCCGAGUACAAGCUGAGCAAGCUGCGCACCUCCACCAUCAUGAGCGACUACAACCCCAACUACUGCUUCGCAGGCAAGACCUCCUCCAUCAGCGACCUCAAGGAGGUGCCCCGGAAGAACAUCGCCCUGCUCCGGGGCCUGGGCCAUGGUGCCUUCGGGGAGGUGUACGAAGGCCAGGUGUCUGGCACGCCGGGGGACCCCAGCCCCCUGCAGGUGGCCGUGAAGACGCUGCCUGAGGUGUGUUCCGAACAGGACGAGCUGGACUUCCUCAUGGAGGCCCUGAUCAUCAGCAAAUUCAACCACCAGAACAUUGUGCGCUGCAUCGGCGUGAGUCUGCAGGCCCUGCCCCGCUUCAUCCUGCUGGAGCUCAUGGCGGGCGGUGACCUCAAGUCCUUCCUGCGGGAGACCCGCCCUCGUCCAAGCCAGCCCUCCUCACUGGCCAUGCUGGACCUUCUGCAUGUGGCUCGGGACAUCGCCUGUGGCUGCCAGUACCUGGAGGAGAACCACUUCAUCCACCGGGACAUUGCUGCCAGGAACUGCCUCCUGACCUGUCCUGGCCCCGGCAGAGUGGCCAAGAUUGGGGACUUUGGAAUGGCCCGGGACAUCUACCGAGCCAGCUACUACCGCAAGGGCGGCUGUGCCAUGCUGCCGGUCAAGUGGAUGCCCCCGGAGGCCUUCAUGGAGGGAAUAUUCACCUCUAAGACAGACACGUGGUCUUUUGGCGUGCUGCUCUGGGAGAUAUUUUCUCUUGGAUACAUGCCGUACCCCAGCAAAAGCAACCAGGAAGUCCUGGAGUUUGUCACCAGUGGAGGACGGAUGGACCCACCUAAGAACUGCCCUGGGCCUGUAUACCGGAUAAUGACUCAGUGCUGGCAGCAUCAGCCUGAAGACAGACCCAACUUUGCCAUAAUUUUGGAGAGGAUUGAAUACUGCACCCAGGACCCCGAUGUUAUCAACACUGCUUUGCCAAUAGAGUAUGGCCCUCUGGUGGAGGAAGAAGAGAAGGUGCCCAUGAGGCCCAAGGACCCUGAGGGGAUAACCCCCCUCCUCGUGGCUCCUCCCCAGGGGAAGCAGGGAGAAGUACAGGGCUCUGCCGCCCAGGCCCCUCUGCAGGCCACAUCCUCCGGCAAAGCCCCGAAGAAGCCCGCGGCCGGGAGCUCUGUGCGGGUCCCCAGAGGGCCAGCUGUGGAUGGCGGACACGUGAACAUGGCUUUCUCUCAGUCCAACCCGCCCUCAGAGCUGCACAAAGCCCAGGGGUCCAGAAACAAACCCACCAGCCUAUGGAACCCAACCUAUGGCUCCUGGUUUACAGAGAAACCUGCCAAAAAGAACAAUCCUCCCGUCAAGAAGGAGCAACUUGAGCGAGGCAGCUCGGGUCGUGAAGGGAACGAUCCUGUUCCCCCCAGCGUGGCGACCGGGAGGCUGACCGGCGCCUCUCUGCUUUUAGAACCAUCCUCGCUGACGGCCAACAUGAAGGAAGUUCCUCUCUUCAGGCUGCGCCAUUUCCCGUGUGGCACCGUCAACUACGGCUACCAGCAGCAAGGCCUGCCCCUGGAGACCGCCAUGGUUCCCGGAAGUGGCCCCGGAAGUGGCCCCUAUGAGGAUGCCAUGCUGAAACUCCAGCCGGGGCCCUGAGCUGGGGCCUCCCUGCUCCUUCUGGGGAGCCCCAACCCGGCGGAGGAGGGCAGGUCUCUGCCCCUCCGCAAAACCAGAGACCUCACGUCACUCUUCAUUGCGUGCCAACUCGUUUGGAAGUGCCACAUCCAAAGCUGUGCUUUCACAAUGCCAUUUUGAGAGAUUCUGAGCAUGGGUUCUCUGGUCUUUCAAAGAAGAGAACGUCCUCACAGAGGAGGGGUAAAUGCGGGGCCCAGAGGUGGUUGUAAGGGUCUGGGGUGUGGUUGGUGCACACACCCUCAGGCCUCGUUCAGUUGUGUGUGUCCUGCUCCAGGGCAGUCAGCCCCUUAUGCGUUUCGUCAUGGGAAUCUUAGCCAUCUUCUUACCUUGUGAUGUAGGCCUCGGCCACUUAAGGGGGAAGAGAGUAAAUAUGAAGGAGUUAUUUGUAUGAGCCAGCAGGAGAGGGAGGGGAAAGCCAUUCUUCAGCUGGAAAAGAAAAGGCAGAGACAACUAACUGAAAUGUGACUGAGAUGCUUUUGAUUUUCCCAGUCACCACGAUUGUAAAAAUAUGGUGGAGUAUUAUGGUAGUGUAGAGAAACUGUGUGUUGCUUGUCUAAAGGAGACAGACUUUUACAGUGUUCUGAGUAUGCUAAAAUACCUGUUAGAUCCAGAGAUUCAAACAUUCUGUAAUAUACCUCAUGCCUUAAGAAAACCCUCCUGCUAAAAGUGAGCAAGAAAGUAUGAGGUUUCCUACUGGAUCGAAAACACUGAAGUUUGGAUUAUCACUUAUUUACGAACUUUUCACUGAUUAAAUGAACUCUGGUCAUUAAAAACAAAGAUUUUAAGCAGUAGUGAUUAUGUAGAAACAUCGUACACGGGUGGGUCAGUCUGCCCUAGAUGAGAAUCUUCUAACAAUUUCUAUCAUGAAAACUACCACAGUGAAGAAGGUUCUGUUCAUCAGGAUGAGCGAGCCAGGGGGUAAUGGGUCCUCCAGUAUCCCUGAGAGGUACCAAUGUGCUAUCCUUGUUCCAGUGCCAUCGGAGUUUCCUCUCUCUGGGACAUGUGAUCCCAGCUCACACAGGAACACAAGUUUGCCGAAGCAUACAAACAGCAUAACCUGUACAGCUAUCAGAUGUGGACUGAAAGGGGGAUUUUCCUGAGUGGCUAUGCACAAAGGAACUUAAGAGACGUGCUGGCUGAAGGUGAAACUGACAUGUUGCCGUGGUAGUUCUGACCCUGGUUUUCACAGAUGAAGUUCUUUCCAGGAAGGCAGUUGGGAACCUGUUAAAAUAUGCAUGCACACAUAUGCAGUCACUGCUUACAUUAGUAGUAGGUGUCACUUCAUUCUCUUUCUGCUUCCCCUCCAUUUUCAUGCCCUGUUUCUUUUCUGACACUGGUUGUGCCAAAGCAUCACUUUGAGAGGACAGCAUUUUUUAUAUUCUUGCUAGCACUAGACAUUCCCAAGCAAGAGGACUGUGUAUAUAUAAACAUAUGUAAGCACCUCAAUUUUACCUACACAAAAAGCAUCAUGAUGGAUGUGGGAAAGCCAUCCUGUUCUAAGCCAGUAUUAGACAAGUGUUCAUUUCUCCUGAGGCACCUGCCUCGCUCCACUUGGUAGUUCUGUGUAUCUGUAGUAAUGCCAAUAUUCUGUACUCCACUUUUCCUUAUCCUCUUAACUGCCAGAUAUAUUUUCAUCAAACAUACAUGAAGAUAAAAUAUCAGUGACCUAACUCAUUGCUAAAUAAACUCAUCAGUAAAGUUUUGGCUCAUCCCAGGCACAAAGAUGAAUAUUAUGUAACUAUGUAAACAUGAAUGCGACACACGUGCCGCACGUCUAGAGGAGCCCAAGCAUCACACUUUGAGAAACACUCUUCUGAAGGAUAACCACAGGAGCUGUCAGAGAUUGAGAAUAAUUUUCACUUUCUAUAUGUAACACUAGUGACCACUUAAACAGGGAGCAUGCUACGUGGUUCAACAAUCAACUGUAUUGUUAUCAGUGGGGGACAGCCUCGUCUCUUUGUCUUCUGAAAAACUGCAAGCCCAUUACAUUUUCAGGUUGUGCCUUACUACUGCUAAGAUUGGUUCAUUUUCUCUAGUUGUCUUUAUUGGUAUCACUUCUCAUGUAAAUGGUAGUCAAGUCUUAAAAGCCUGUAUCCACAGAUAAGUCAAUAAACAACUUCACCCUGAGAGAUGGUGACCUCAA